CUCGUGUCCCCCUGUGGUGAAUCGUUCUCUCUCUAUCUCGGCGCGUCGAGUGUUCGCUUGGCGCUUACUGCGGGUUGACCGUGUGUGUUGAACCGUUCCUCCGUGUGCCUUUUGGUUAGAGCCGCUACGGCACGAACGACGACGAAAAAAAGAAGAAAGCCAGAGAAAAAAAAAGAAAAACCUCGUUUCGUGUCUUUGGUGCUCUUUUAUUCGUUUGCUUGAGAACAUCUUUUCACGCGAUUUAGAUUGAAACACGAAUUGUUGGCACAAUGGCUGGCGGCAAAGCGGGCAAAGAUUCCGGUAAGGCAAAGGCGAAGGCGGUCUCGCGCUCGGCGAGGGCUGGAUUGCAGUUUCCCGUCGGCAGAAUUCACAGGCAUCUGAAAAACAGAACAACGAGUCAUGGUCGCGUCGGUGCCACAGCGGCAGUCUACAGCGCUGCUAUCUUGGAGUAUCUCACUGCUGAGGUUUUGGAGUUGGCGGGGAACGCGUCGAAAGAUUUGAAGGUCAAACGUAUAACACCGAGACAUUUGCAGCUCGCGAUUCGCGGGGAUGAGGAACUCGAUAGUCUUAUCAAGGCAACAAUCGCAGGAGGAGGUGUUAUACCACAUAUCCACAAAUCCCUUAUUGGCAAGAAGGGUUCUCAAAAGCCUGCAUAAUUCACGCUAUAUAAAAAACAAACAGACAAAUAGAAAUCACCAUGUGCGAGAGAGCAAGAAAGAAAGAAAGAGACAAAGAGGGAGAGAGAGAGAGAGCGCGAGAGCAAGAAAGAGAAACGGAGGGAUGUGCGAAAAAUUUCAAAGGACAAGUAGGGCAGACGGUAAAGAGAAAGAAAAAAAAGCAAAGGUGGAAAGCAUCAAAGAGUGAUUGUUGACAAAGUGUACCUACGUUACUAAAUCGAAGAAAAAAAGGGACAGGCGUGAUAUAUAUAUAGAUAUAUAAAUAAAACAAAUAUUGAUAUAAUUUAAUAUAGGUAAUUGAGAAGAGUUUUUAAGAGAAAAGGAAAAAACCACAAGAAAAGAACGAAAGUAAGAGAACUCGAUUAGCGUACGGUUAUGUGAAAAGGAGAAAAAAAAUAAAAAGACGAUAACAAUCCGAGGAAUAAAUUGCGGUAAAUUUCAACAGCAAUCGUUACGUGUUUCUCACUUGUAAGUCAUCGGAUCUCACGCAUCAGCCUUGAAUUAUAUAAAAAGAGUAUACAAAAACAGGCUAGACGAGAACACGAAGAAUUCGAGGAACUGCAAUUCGGGAUCUCGGCACUGUAGUUUAUUUAAAAGACUGGUAGAGUUUCUCUGCGAUACUGUCGUUUUCAUAAUUACUUUUUUAAAUACAAAAGAUAGUAUUUUUUCAUUGAAAUUUCGUUGUGCCCCGCGUGUCUCGUUGAUGUUUUAGAGUCUCGAAGGAAGUAAAUAAAAUCGCGCAAAUUCUCUCGCUUUUUCAGCUAAUUUUAUGUUUUAGAAAAUUGUCCCACAGGCCUUAACUCAAUUCUCAUUGGGAAUGGCAAUCAAUUUUGAGUAAUCAGUUCAAUGGAAAAGGAAAUAAAUGAUAAUUUGCAAGAAACAAACGCGUCUGCAUUAUGAUAUACUUUUUAUUUACGGACACUCGGCUUUUUUUGAUAUGUCAUUGUUCACUUCUCACGGUUUCAGUGAAUUUUUUCGUUUGAAAAGUAACUCCCAUUCUCUUCUCCGCUUGAAUGGUUCUCCAAGUCUUACUUUUUGUCGACGACCUCAACGAAAAUCGUUGAAAUGAUGAAAAACACAAAAUAAUUGCAUAGUUACAUCUUAUUGUCCUUCAUUGUCGAUUUAACAUCCUUCUUUUUUCGUCAAAGCAAUAGAAAUAGCAUCGAUUUUAUUGAGAAACGAAAACUUAUAUAAUAAAUGUUAAAUUCUUCAUUUUAGUAUGUGUUAUUUCACAAGAAUUUCGGUAUUAUCCAAAUGCAGCUAAAAUUUUGCCCAGAAAAUAAAAUCCUCUUCGAGAUUGACAUUGAUUUACAAUAACCGGAAUUCUGGAACGUUGAUACAAGAUUCAACCACCGAACAAGUCCAACAAAGUCGAAGAAAAGUUUCCUUCGUGCAACGACUCCGCAUGAUUUUCUUCAAUGGACACGAGUUUUUCGAAACUUCGAUGUUUGAUCAGUGAAACAAAAAAAGACACGAUUUUUUUCACGUAUUUGAAAACGAGGACAAAAGUUUAGAAAAUUUAAGCCUGAAUGAAAUAUUUUCUGCCAUUAAUUUGUAACUUAUUCGAACGCCGAGUACCGGAAUUUUUUGUUAAAAAUAUCGGUUAGGAAAAUGUCAAAAGAAGAAACUCCAUUUUUUUUGUCAACAAAUGUCUUUGGUUUUUUUUUUUUAAUUGAGAAAUUCCACUAUCAAAAACAACUUUUGUUUUCCUCUCUGUGCUUUCGACCCUUGAAUAAGUGCAAGCUUAUUUCCUAACAAAAAAAAAUGAUCAACGACGCUAACAAUUGUUUGAUCAGCGCGGAAUUGUCUUAUCGAACUUGUACAGAACAUCCGAUGCAUUUUUUUCUCUUUUUCAUUGGCUAGAUAGCUCAUCGAAGCCACAAUUCGUGUGAAUUUUUGGAAAACACUGAAGGCUUUUGGUCUUGGGAAGAACAAAAAAUGAGAUGUCAUAAAACAGUUGAUGAACGCUGUAUAUAUGUUUCAUUUAUCAUUUUUUCGUCAAAUUCUAUAUACAUAUCGAUUUGAUCAGAAAGGCAACUAUAAUCUAAUGCACCAAUGUUUCUUUUUCUCUCAUUAAAACGUUAAAACUCGUUUUGAGAAUUUAUUUAUAUUUAUAAUAAUCAAAUGCACGACGUUAACACCAUGUUCUGCCAUCUUGUUUUCAUCUCCUUUUUGUGGUUCGUGUUUCUCCCAUUUUAUUUUUUUUUAUUGUCUACUGUUGCACUAGUAAUUUAGGUUAAUGUUUUCAUUGUAUUCGGUGGUGUAUUUACACCGCGCUUUAAGACGAACCGUAUAUGUAAAACUUUCAUUUUUACAAUAAAAAGGAAAAUUUAAUAUUCAA